CUGCUUCCCUCGGCCUGCAGCUCUCCUGCGGCGACCAUGGCAGCUCGGACACCCGGGGCUGCCUUGCGGCUCUGCGCCACUGUUUUUUUACUUGAGAUGGCUUUCUGUAAAGGAUUCGUAGAAGAUUUAGAUGAAUCGUUUAAGGACAAUCGAAAAGAUGACAUUUGGCUUGUAGAUUUUUAUGCACCAUGGUGUGGUCAUUGUAAAAAACUGGAGCCGAUUUGGAAUGAAGUUGGUCUUGAAAUGAAAAGCAUUGGUUCGCCAGUUAAAGUUGGAAAGAUGGAUGCUACUUCCUAUUCUAGCAUUGCUUCAGAGUUUGGAGUUCGAGGUUAUCCAACAAUUAAGCUAUUAAAAGGGGACUUGGCAUAUAAUUAUAGAGGACCACGAACUAAAGAUGAUAUUAUUGAGUUUGCUCACAGAGUAUCUGGAGCACUAAUUCGGCCACUUCCAAGUCAGCAAAUGUUUGAACAUGUGCAGAAAAGACAUCGUGUAUUUUUUGUUUAUGUAGGUGGAGAGUCAACUUUGAAGGAGAAAUACAUAGAUGCUGCUUCAGAAUUAAUUGUAUAUACAUACUUCUUUUCUGCUUCAGAAGAAGUGGUUCCUGAGUACGUGACUCUGAAGGAGAUGCCCGCCGUGCUUGUUUUCAAAGAUGAAACCUAUUUUGUUUACGAUGAAUAUGAAGAUGGUGACUUGUCAUCUUGGAUCAACAGGGAGAGGUUUCAGAAUUAUCUGACUAUGGACGGCUUUCUCUUGUAUGAACUUGGAGAUACAGGAAAGCUUGUGGCUAUUGCAAUUAUUGAUGAGAAAAAUACAUCAAUUGAACAUACCAGAUUGAAGUCAAUUAUUCAGGAAGUUGCUAGAGAUUACAGAGAUCAGUUCCACAGGGAUUUUCAGUUUGGACAUAUGGAUGGGAAUGACUAUAUAAAUACCUUGCUGAUGGAUGAAUUGACUGUCCCAACUUUAGUUGUACUGAAUACUUCAAACCAACAAUACUUUUUACUAGACAGAGAGAUCAAGAAUACUGAAGACAUGGUCCAGUUCAUUAAUAGCAUUUUGGAUGGCACAGUAGAAGCCCAAGGAGGUGAUAGCAUUUUGCAGAGAUUGAAAAGAAUGGUAUUUGAUGCUAAAUCUACUGUUGUGUCCAUAUUCAAGAGCUCUCCGAUCAUGGGCUGCUUCCUCUUCGGCCUGCCUCUGGGUGUCAUCAGCAUCAUGUGCUAUGGCAUCUACACAGCCGACACAGACGGAGGCUACAUAGAAGAGCGUUAUGAAGUGUCCAAAAGCGAAACUGAAAGCCAGGAAGCGACGGAGGAGAGCAGAGAACUGCAGGAGCCAAGAAGCGGACAGUCUCUAUUGCCUGCCAGGCAAGAGCCCAAGGAUGUAUUAGAGAAAAAGACAGAUUGAGACUCUGCUAUGAUGUCAAAUUACUAUUAAAGAGUCUAUUUAUUGAAUUUAGACAUUUAAUCAUGGUCUUUACAGAAGAGAACAAGUUAUUUGUAUUUUGCUAAUAUCAACUGCAUGGAUUACAGUAGUCCUUAAAAAUGGGGAGAUGUUGGGAACAAAGAGAGGAAAUAUGUAUCUAAAAAAAUAUUCCAUGGAAAUUUACCUUGUACAUGUUAAAACAGAUCAGUUCUUUGUGCAAGUUUCUCUGUCUGAAUAUUCGGUGGCAGAAUUCAGAUUCCUGGGCUGAACAUUUAAGUGGGUCAGUCAGGUAGGAGAUAGUGUUUGAUAGAGAAAAAUAAGAUUCCACCGCCUACCAUCAUUCUCUUAUAUUUUGAAUACAGUUUAUAUGGACAUAAUUAAGUCUUUAAAAAUGUAGGGACUUUAAGGGGAACCAAUAACUUUUUCCAUGGAUCAUACUAAGAUUAUGAAAUUUUAAAAAUUUGGUUUUAUAUGGCAUAGCAAUUUUAUUUUGUUAUUUUUAAAGGAGAGAAAAUGUUACUUUUUAACUUUAUACUUAGUUGUGUUAUAAAAAUUUCACAUUGGCCUAAAUAGUGGCAAAAAAUAGUCUAUGUUUGAUCUUUGUAACAGAAACAGAUUUUCUUGGAGCAGUGAUUAUUAACCAUGCCUGCGAAGCUGUUGGCAGGCAUCUCAGCAGUCACUGUGGGAAAGGAAGGUGUCUGUAGCUCCUGCCCUGCAUUAGCCAGACAGCCUGCUUUAUUUCUCUGUUUUCUAUAUUGAGAUUUCUAAAAAUUUCCUUAAAUUAAAAGCACCUGCUGCUUUUUAAAAAGUAAUAUAUGUCAUAUUUUAUGUUUAUAGCAUUAUAACUUUUUGGUAACUUAUCUGUGUAUGCGUGUGUGUGUAUACAUGUGUGCACACACAUAUAUACAUAUCAUAUUUAUUGGCAUACAUCUGUUAUGUAAUACUAUGGGCAUGUCUAUGUUCAUAACGGGUAAUGAGUGACAUAAUCAGCCUGUCAACAAAAUCAUGCUCAGUGAUUUAAGAGGUCGACCAGUUAUCUUCUCCAUCCUGUCAAUUCUGUCAGCCCUCUCAGCCUGUCGUCUUCUCUCUAUAAUAAGAUGUAGGAAAUCUCUAUCUGACGGAAUGCAUAAAAAUUGGUGUUUUUAAGUAAUAGUUUGUUAUGUUUAUUGUAGAUUAGUUUAUCUUUGAGGUCUUGAUUGUAGCUAAGUUUAGAAUUUUUAUUAGAUGGCUUUUUUUCCUUGAGUAAUUGGGUUAUCCAAUAUAAAGAUUUUUAUCAAAUGUUUUAAAAUGUUCAUUCACUUUAAAACUGUAAUUUGUGGUCCUGACACUGGAAUUGUUCAGGGUUUUGAUCCCCAAGGGCAGUCUUUGGUGAUUUCUAAUGCCCCACUGAUCACAACUAAACUGAAGCUGCGUCUUAAGUACUGAGGAGUUACUAGUAAUUGUUUUAUUAUACCCAUGUACUUUAUUAGUAUGUAAUAACUACUAAUUCUUAAUGUUUGGCACCCUGUUAGUAUUUUAUAGUAAGGAAUCACAUAUGCAUUCCCAAGGAAUUUCAGGAAAUAUUAGAAUGAAGUGUUCUUAAAUGAAAUUUAGAAAUAAAUGCUAUUAAUUUGACCAGUAGAUUCCGCUCCAAAGAGUAAUGAAGGAUUCUUUUGGAAGAUAAAUAUUAAUGUUCCUAGGGGUCAGGCUCGUUUUGCAACAGUGGAAAGCCAACAUAAAUACAGAUGCCUCCCUUGAAUCUCAGCCUAGUAAGGAAGUUAGCUAUUGCCCAUGAAGCAGGAAAUGAUAGAACAUGUUAUUGCUUUUUGCUUUGUGUUUAUCACUAUCAGAUGUCCAUCAUUUGCACGUUUUUGUCUUUUCUCAAGUAUCAAAUGAAAGACCUCAAGAGGAAAAAAAAUUUAAAGAAAGAGUAAAGCAAAGUAUGUAUCAACAAACAAAAGUCCAGCGAUUUUUGUCUUUAGUCUCUGUUACCUUUUUCACAACUCUAUACUGUUUGUUGUCCCGUAUUCUGUUUGUGUUUCAAAGUCUGUCUAUUGGGAAAACAAAAAUAUGUAGAUGGUUUGUAAGUGAAUAAUUUGACUUCUUUUUUUGUACUAGUAUUUUGCUUUUUACAUGUCUCUAGGAUAUUGUCAACUCUUUGCAAAACAAAUUUAAAUUUUGCUCACUGGUAUGCUUUUCCCUUCAAUGUGAUGUUAGAGCUUAUUAGAAAUGCUUUUUUUUUCUUUCAUUUCCAGAAAAGAAAAAAGAAAAAAAACACUUCAAAAUAAAGGUAGAUUUCUUAAGGAAUCUUGUAGAACAGAUCCUAAUUCUGUUAUGAAUCUUCCUAUGAUUACAUAGAAAGAAAGAGUGGAGAUUGCUUUCAGUCUGUAGGCCUUGUUACAGUAGUAAAGGUCAUUUCUAACUUCCAAAAUGCAAAGUUCUAGAUGUUUGCUGUUGCUGAAUCUGGUGUCCAGACAGUUGUCAAAGAUAAUUCAGAGAGAAUGCGUGUUUUUAAUUAAGCCAUGCAUCCCAUGUGCUUGCAAUUCUUUUAGUUUUACUGUGUACUUUUUAAUAUUUCUCUAAUAUUGCUGCUUCUGAAACUUCUUUGACAUGGAUUAGAUCUAGAAUUUUCAUUUUCUUCUUCACACAUGCUUCCUGGUAUCUGAUUUAGUAGUAACAUUAGGAGCCAAAUGCUUAGAGGUUGAAGAAGGAGUCUGUAUGAGUAAACAAUUAGCUGUAUUGUUUUUGUUUAGUGGAUUUUUGUUGUUUCUUGUGAUUUGUUUCAGGGGUUUUAUUUUGUUGUGGGGUUUUUUUUUGUAGGUUUUCUUUUGUUUUUAUUUUGCAAAAAUAAUUUCAAUAUUUUCAUCAAUUCAAUCUGAUACGAAGGUAUGACAGGGAAAAACCCUGGGCUGUUCUUAUGCAGAAAUAUCCCACUUAAACCAAUGUGGGAUGUUAAGACAGUCAAUAAGUGGGGUUAGGUUUGCCAUUUUAUUUUUAUAAAUAUCUAUUUUUCCUGAAUGUGUCCGAGUCCAAGAGUGGGCCAACAGUUUUCUACUUUGGACUAAUCUAUAAAGGUUUUUUGAGAGUCUGUAUUACUAGUUGAAUCCUAAUACCCUGCCUUAGGACACCAAUUGUAAACCUUUGUUUUUCUAAAAUAAAUUAACUGAAAACAUGUAA